AUGGAGCCCAACCCGUCAAACCUAACCAAACGGAACGACCUUAUGCAUGGCUAUGGGUACACGGUACAGCGUCAGCCUGAGUACCCCCUCCUCCCUUAUCCACCAGUCAAGGACUGGUGCGGGAAGGACAUGCGGAUCAUUUUGAGGCUGCAAGCUGGAACGGGCCGGCGCACGCCGACCAGACCAACCCUUGAAGAAACGCUAGACAGAACAAUGCCGUAA